CACCAUUUCCCACUCCCCGAAGCCUGAGAGCUUGGCGGUUCCCAUGAAGAACGGCCAACAUGCUGUGCAUGCGGCGUUUCCGGCGGCCGCGGCGUUUACUGCGUGCCUACUCGCCGCAGUGCAGCUUAAGCUUCAAGGAUGCAGGCAUCCGAGCCUAUGUGGAUGGCCAGCUUUGUGGCUUCUCCGCCAGCCUGAAGCAGUCGCUCUUUGAUUUCCAGGUGCAUGAGAUCGACCCUGAUGGACAUGAACUGCACCUUCUGGAUGACGAGGGGCGACCGGAGGCUCCCAACGAGGGGAUCUGGUAUUUGCACUUCCGGCUUUACAAAGAAGGGAUGGACACCUUGGAAGCUUUGUCUCGCGUGGGAAAAGCUUUGGGGCGGCCGCCUCGGCACUUCCGCUUCGCAGGGCACAAGGACCGCUGCGCGGUGACAGUACAGCAAGUGAGUUGCAGCUCCUUGCGGCCACAAGAGCUCAGACAUGCAAUGCAGCAGGAGGAGUGGGACUCGCGCUUGCAGCUCUCCCACUUGCAGAUCAAGCGUCGACCACUGCACCUCGGCGACCUCUCAGGGAACCGCUUCCAGGUGGUCCUCCGUCACGUGGACCAGGAGGCUUCACUGGUGGAAGCACAUCUUCACAAGUUGGAGGAACAUGGAUUCCUGAACUACUUCGGGACUCAGAGGUUUGGAACUCAAGUGAUUCGCGGUUACCAUGUCGGGUCGGCUCUCCUGAGCCACGACUUUCCUCGAGCUGUCCGUCUCAUUCUCGGGGAUGUCCGCGCCCUUCCCGAGCGAUCGGAAGCGCCGGAAUGUCCGGAGCUCCGGUGGGAUGAGGCUGCGCAGGAGGCACAGCAAAGAGUCCUUGUGGCAUGGCACCGUGGACCUCAUGAAGUGGCAGAGGCUGCCAAGGAGGCCUUAGACUUGAUGCCCAGGCGUUACCACUUGGAACGAGGAGACACUGCAGAACUUGCCGCGGCAGCUGCUCAUGCUGUAUGUGAAAUCAGCGCAAAGUUUGCUGUUCAACGAGGCGGCUGGGCCUUGAUUGAGGUCCAGGAGGUUUUUCGUCAUAAUCUGGAAGAGAGAAGGUCCUCUCCCAGUGCUCUGCCCACCGCCCCGCCGUGGGCGACUGGGCGGUGCCAAGAGGUGCGAUGCGGGGAGGGCACGGCGCGCCCACGCAGCUCACGGAGGAGUGCGUCGCAAGAGUGGAUGGGUCCUGGGAGGUGGUCUUGCCCUUGCCUGGUUCCACCAUCCACUACCCGCCUGGGCUCCGUGGGCUCUAUGAAGCUGCUUCAGAGAAGCUCUUGGGGAUUCCCUUGGAAGCUUUUCAUAGCAGGCUUCCACUGCACCUCCCACUCCGAGGAGCCUAUCGCCCAAAAGUGGCGCGGCUUCAAGACCUCACCUGGCAACUCCUUGACGCUUCGGAGGCCUUGGCACUGCAGCGGCGCCGCGGGCGCUUGCUGUGGACCGACCGGGAUCGACGGCGAGGCUACGUGGAGCAGGACGAGGAGACUUUGAGGCACAUGGAAGGUCUUUGCGAUCGUGGCGUGCUGAUGAUGUCCUGCAUUUUGCCGCCAUCCUCGUACUUUACAAUGGCAUUCCGUGAGCUGACCCGGCAUGAAACCAUUUGGACAGGAUUUACCCAAGAAGAGAUGGAAA